AUGCCUUCAAGUCAGAGGUUGCUACUGAGGAUGAUUACGCAACCAACUGUCAAUCCUAAAUCUUCUGCUAACGGUUUUGGCCGUCGAAGAGGUGAAAGAGAAGGGGGAGCUAGGGUGGAGAAUAAGUCACAGUCUGGAAAAGCAAACCACAGCAGAUCAACUAAUACUGGCACCAAAUCUGGCAACUAUGAGAGUCCUUCACGUGAUCGAUUAGUGUAUUUAACCACGUGUCUUAUUGGGCACCAUGUGGAAGUCCAGGUGAAAAAUGGAUCCAUAUAUUCUGGAAUCUUUCAUGCAACAAACGCUGAAAAAGACUUUGGAAUCAUCUUGAAAAUGGCACGCAUGAUAAAGGAUGGUUCCUUACGUGGACAGAAGUCUGUGGUAGAGUCAGUUAGCAAGCCUCCUUCAAAGACUUUUAUAAUACCUGCCAAAGACCUUGUGCAAGUUAUCGCAAAGGAUGUCUCAAUAAGUAGGGAUGGAUUGUUAAAUGAGGUUCAGCCUGAAAAACAUCAUGAAAUUAUGAUAGAUUCCUUCAUAUCACAAUCCCGCCGUGGUGAAAUGGAGAGAGAGCUGGAACCGUGGGUCCCUGAUGAAGAUGAUCCACAAUGUCCUGAACUGGAAAAUACAUUUGAUGGACAUUGGAAUAGGAACUGGGAUCAAUUUGAAACAAAUGAAACAUUAUUUGGGGUAAAGAGCACAUUUGAUGAGGAUCUUUAUACAACGAAACUUGAAAAAGGUCCACAAAUGAGAGAGCUGGAAAGGGAGGCUUUAAGAAUAGCAAGAGAAAUUGAGGGAGAGGAGACACAUGAUCUACAUUCAGCAGAGGAAAGAGGCAUUCACCUCCAUGAAAAUUUUGAUAUUGAUGAGGAGACAAGAUUCUCCUCUGUUUACCGGGGUGAGGUUGAUGAUAGUGGAUAUGAUGAGGAUGAGGAUAUUUUGUUGGAUGCACGUAAUACUGAUACCUUUGGAGAUUCUUCUGGUUCUUCAAGGAAGGGUUCCCUUGAAUGGACUGGUGGAAAAAUCAACAAUGGAGCUCAAGUGCCAUCAAGCUCUUCAUCUGUGGAUUACACACAAUGUACUGAGUUGAAUGUUGCCCCAGAUUUAUGUCGCUCUGGAACUUAUGACCACGCUAGACAGCUGGCAUCAGAACCACCGUUCAAAAGUUUCCCCAGUACAGCUGGUGAAAGCAGUGAACCUGGAGAGAGAGAUAGUGCUACUGAGUCUGUAGAAAAGCGGAUGCUAGCUGAGGACAAUCAAAAGUCAAAACCUGAUGAUUCGCAGCCACUGCUGAAUGAGAAGAAAGAUGCGUUUGAUAAAGGGGUAUUAUCCCCAAAUGCCACCUCUUAUGCUCCAGCUCCGGCUUCAUCAAAAGGUUAUGAGAAGAGUUCUAGUGAGAUAUUAGAGGGUCCAGUGGCUGGAAAAGCACAUGUUCAAACACACACUGUAAAUUCUCAUGGACGGCCUGGUAGUUCUGCAUCUUCCAAUUCAGAACGUGCAACUGCUGCACCGACUUCUGGAGGCCCUGGUUUGUCACCAAGCUCAUCAUUGGGUUCAUUGUCUUCAGAAAAGUCUACAUUGAAUCCCCAUGCUAAGGAAUUCAAACUCAAUCCAAAUGCAAAGAGUUUUGUUCCAUCUCAAGCGCCUGUUAGGCCUCCAUCCCCGGUGUCUGAUGGUUCCUUCUAUUAUCCAUCAAACGCUCCCGCUGUACCACAUAUGCCGGGCAUGCCUGUUGGCAUUGGAGUUGGACCGUCUUUCACACACCAGCCUGUUAUGUUUAGUCAACAGCAAAUGCAAGCACCCCAAGCAUAUUUUCAUCCAAAUGGGCCUCAGUAUGGGCAACAGAUGCUUCUUGGCCACCCUAGGCAAGUCCUAUACAUGCCAAGCUACCAACCUGAGAUGCCAUACAAAGGACGAGACUAUUAA